UGGCUAAUAUUUACAAAAUAAAAUUGACAAAAUUUUUGAAGAAAAGAAAGGUUGUACAAAAACAAUAUUUAUCUAAAAACUAAUUUCUGUUUAAAAAGCCACCGUAAAUCAUUUUUAAACAGUGAUCAUUAUAAUGGGACUUAAAAAGAAGAAAAAUGUUAUCAUUAUCUCAUCUUGCAUGGCUUCAUGUUAUAUUCUCUACCAGCUGUAUUUCUUCCUAACCAUCACAUCAGAAGUAAACGAGGGCAACCGAGUGGUACCGGUGCUAGACCACGAUACCAUCAGAGAAGUCUUGCACUUGCGAUCAGAAGAAGAUAAAUACAUUAACGAAAAUGGUAUGAUACGAGGCGUUUUCUAUACAAAAAUUAACGAUUACAGGCCGGAUUCGAAUAACGAAUUUAAAUGUAGAAAAUCGGAUCAACGUAUACCUUAUGAGCAAAUGAAUGAUGAUUUUUGCGAUUGUGAAGACGGGACGGAUGAGCCGAGCACUAAUGCUUGCCCUACUGGAGUUUUUUAUUGCCAAACUCAAAACCAAAAGAAGCAAGAACUAUUUGUUGUGCCAUCUGGUAAGGUUAAUGACGGUAUUUGCGAUUGCUGCGAUGGGUCAGAUGAGUGGAUACAUGAAGGAGGUAAACUUCUAAGUCAAAGUUCAUCAAAACAUUACAGAUUUUAUGUGACUAGGUGCCCUAAUGUCUGUCAAAAGUAAUUACGAUGAAUCAAGGUUGUUGUAAAAGGUUGUAAAUAGUUAACAAAAUGUUUUUGCCAGGAUUACAUUGGCUGUUGAUGUCUUAUAUUGUCUUAAGCAUAAAUCUCAUACCCAACACUUACAUUUGAAUUAGCUAUUGAUUUUAGGCUUAUUUUACAGCUUAACACCAUAAAAUAAAGUAAAUAGUGGGUUUGUACCAUAUCCAUAACUGAUACAAUGAUUUUAUCAUUAUAUAUUCAUUGUGGUAUGUGCCUAGUGCCUACCAUUUACCAUAAUAUGGAGUUAGCUGUACCUUAGUAUGAAUUUAAACCUUUAGACUUUGUAGACUACAGAAAAAAUAUGAUGUGAGAGUAAAGUAGACCUAAAAGAUGUUUUAAAGUUUUUAGUCAUUUAGUGUUUUAAACUUUUAAAGAUGAUGAAAUUUUGUCUCCACAGACAAUAGUCCCUCAACUGUGGAGACCCUUAUACUUACUACUAAGUUAAUAAUGAAUUUUUCCAAUUAUUAAUUAUAUAGUAUAAAUACCUAUUAUUGUUUGUGUAUAUUUUGGCAAUUUUAAAGAAUUAUAGUUCCAUUAUAUUAAAAAGCUACCUUUAGCUAACCUACCAUUCACUUACUUUUAAUUUUAGGAAUAGGUAUUAGUAAUAUGUACCUAAAUAUAAAAAAAUUAAAGCAGCACAUAGAUUAUAGUUUACACUUAAUAAUAAAAGUUUCUAGUCUACAUAUUGUAUCAAAGAAAUAACUAUUACAAAUAAAAAAGUAAUUCAAUGGAAAGUUAUAAAAAAUAUGUGUCUCAACUUUUAGAAAAUGUUUUUAUGUCAUUUUUCUGUACAUUUUUUCAAUUAUUGUUUCAUAAGAGUAAAAUCAUACAAAACUAGUUUAAGGCAUAAAAGACUGAUAACUAUUAAACUACUAUGUAUCCAUUUAUUGUCAGAAUUAAUAAAAAAUCUAUCUCUAAACUCUGCUGCUAAGUUAGCAAUGUUGUUAUUUGUCAAAAAACAAAAUUUUAUUUUCAUGUUAGUUUAAUAUUUUGUCUGCAGGAAAAAAUGUGAAAACCUUGUUACCUUA